CCCUUCCCAACAAAAAAACAGCACAAUACAUAAAUGUCAACUCUUCAAAACCACACUGAGGUCAUUCAAAUAGGACCAAGUCGGGGAAACGGGCCACGCUACGCCAACCCGUCAAUUCGGACCGACGGUAGAUAAAAAGUUUUCGAUUUGCACGGACCUGCCCAGAUUCUGCCGUCCCCCGCCGCUUCCUCCGGCACCAGCGGCGUUGCCACCGCCGGCCUUGCUGCGAUUUCCACCGGCCUUCAUUGACAUGGCGAGCCCAUAAAAGACGGCGUGUGAAAAAGACCAGCUAGGCACCGCAAAUUCACUCGACGACGGUGAGACGAUGUCUGUGGGGUUGGUUGGGCUGGGUUAGCCGCCGCCGUCCUGGUCUCAGGUUGGGGGCUAGCAGGCUAAUGUCAACGUGCCUCAGUCUUGAAGGAAGAUGCUAGGCUAACAAGCUACCUGUACAAGUGUUUUAAAACAAGAUGGAAAACGCGACUUUAAAACAGGACAACACGUGAAAACGGUUCUCCUGAAUUAACUACGGGCGUUGAACCUUUUGCCAACUUCCUGCGUUAAUCCUAUCGAAAUAUUUUUUAAAUCUGAACUGAUUUGAGUACUGUCUCGGGCUGUUUCCGUUGCUAACACCGAAAAGACCAAAACAGUCUGAAAGGGGACAAAAAAUGGCGGAGGGAUAUUUUACAUGUAUAACGGUUGUUGGCAUCCAGAGCAAAAAAUAACUAUAAUAACCCAGCAAAAUUCUACGGGUGUACACUAAUAAAUAGAACAUAUAUUUAAAGAUUUAAACUAUACGAGCACAGUCGGACAUGUGUAUUUAAAGCAAAACCGCCAAUUGACGGGACUAUUUUCAGGAAGUUCUCCAAGGCUGUGUUGUGGCAUCCACGUGAGCCGGCGAACACAUACCGCAUACACAUGCGCUUCCUUCAUCCAGUAACACUGUCACUGCGUGUGUAGAAUCAAAUAUUACAGCCAAAAUUCAUUGUUAUCGUACGUAAUUAAAAUAAUAUCAACCACACAUGACGGACUACGUUAACCAUACUGUAUUAUUGUCUCCCUCGCGUGGACAACCUUGAGAGAGAUGAUUAAUGUACUAGUAUAUGUAUUCACGUCACCAGCCACCACAAAAAUGAUACGCCAGCAGUGUUGCAGCCCGGUGAAGCGACGUGCUGAAGUGGCGGCCACGUACAUUGAAAAUACGAAAACAAGUAAAACCUUGGUCAUUUUAUAUUAUCUUGCUGCUGUAAAAACGUGUGCUAUUCAUACACAACAUAAAAAAUAUAUAUCCAUAAAUGUGUGUAUGGGGGAUAUCAGGGUUUGUUGUCCAAUGAGUUGGUUGUCACACUGCCAUAACCCGACCACCAGAGGAUGGUGUUGAGCAACAUCAGUAUUGAAAUCAUCCCAAUAGUGUACUUCACAAAUGCUAUUUUUAGACCGCAAGGCUGCGUGACGUCACCAUCGUAAACCGGAAGGGGGUCAACAUAGAAGCGCGCUCGCAUUCAACCCAUGCUAGUACUGCUUGUUUUGUGCCGGAAAAACUUUUUAAAAAGAACAUGCCGUGUAAACGCUGCUGCCAUGGAACAAACUACUUUAGACAAUACAACAUAUGAAGGAUGUGUUCUUUAUACAUUUCCCGAAGCCAAAAACUCAAAGGAAAAAAUGUGAAGAAUGGAUCAACUUGUGCGGACAUCCAAAAGACCAGUUUAACGCCAGCAAGGUGAAGCAAUUCACCUUCAAAUGCAGUAAAAAUUUUGUUGGGGCCAUGGUCCUACAGAUGACAAUGAUGACAACAAUCCAUUGCCUGCCAAAGCCUGCACCGAAGAAGAGGCAUCCAUCUUAGAGGAAUACAACAUAAACUGGACACAGAAACUAGGGGCUGGCAUCAGUGGACCUGUCAGAGUAUGUGUGAAGAAGUCAAAUCAGGAACGGUUGGCUCUGAAGAUUCUCAUUGAUCGCCCCAAGGCCAGAAAUGAGGUGCGACUCCACAUGAUGUGCGCCAAUAACCCAAACAUAGUGCAAAUCUUGGAGGUGUACGCCAACAGUGUCCAGUUCCCACACGAGUCCAGCCCAAGGGCCAGGCUUUUAAUUGUCAUGGAGAUGAUGGAAGGUGGCGAACUGUUCCAUAGAAUCAGUCAGCACAGGCACUUUACUGAAAAGAUGGCCAGCGAGGUCACAAAGCAGAUCAGUCAAGCCUUGGAACACUGUCACUCCUUAAAUAUUGCACAUCGGGACCUGAAGCCAGAGAAUCUACUCUUCAAGGAUAAUUCUCUGGAUGCUCCCGUGAAGCUGUGUGACUUUGGCUUCGCUAAAAUAGAUCAGGGGGACUUAAUGACACCCCAGUUCACUCCUUACUAUGUAGCACCUCAGGUACUUGAGGCUCAAAGAAGACACCAAAAGGAGAAAUCUGGAAUCAUACCUACCUCACCCACUCCUUACACCUACAACAAGAGCUGCGACUUGUGGUCUCUGGGUGUCAUCAUUUACGUGAUGCUGUGCGGGUACCCUCCAUUCUACUCUAAGCAUCACAGUCGGACCAUUCCAAAAGACAUGAGGAAGAAGAUCAUGAUGGGCAGCUUUGACUUCCCCGAAGACGAGUGGAGUCAGAUCUCGGAGAUGGCCAAGGACAUCGUGCGCAAGCUGCUGAAGGUGAAACCAGAGGAGAGGCUGACCAUUGAGGGAGUCUUGUCUCACCCGUGGCUUAACUGCACGGAGGCACUGGACAAUGUGCUGCCCUCCGCCCAGAUGAUGAUGGAUAAGGCGGUGGUGGCAGGCAUCCAGCAGGCUCAUGCAGAGCAGUUGGCCAACAUGAGGAUUCAGGAUCUGAACAUCAGCCUGAAGCCACUCAACUCUGUCAACAACCCAAUCCUCAGGAAGAGAAAACUACUUGGGUCUCUUUGCGUUUGCUCAUUACUGUCACUCUCAAUGUUAACUGUAAUAACUAUUAGGUGUCAAAGUCUGAACAAUACGCAUCCUCCUCUGUGUCUCAGCCCCAAGCCCAGUGAUGGUUUCUUCAUUCACGACCCGGAGAACGGCGGCGAGGACUCCAACGUAGCGCUGGAGAAACUACGAGAUGUCAUUGCACAAUGUAUUCUUCCACAGGCCGGCGAAAACGAGGACGAGAAGCUGAACGUGGUGAUGUAUGAAGCCUGGCGAUUCAACAGGGACUGUAAGCUGCUGCGGGACGGCCUGCAGGGCCUCAGCUGGGAUGGUCGAGCGUUCUCUGAUAAGGUGGACCGCUUGAAAUUGGCCGAAAUUGUGAAACAGGCCAUUGAAGAAAGGACAAAUCUGGAAGAGUCUCACUAGCAAAGGUCUUUCUAUUGUGUUUUUAUAUACUUUUUAAGAAGGCUUUUUAAAAGUCAAAAUGUGCUUUCCCCCCACGGAUCCGCUCGCAAAGUCUAUUGUACAUCUCAACAAGAAAUGAACAAAAAAACGACGCGGUAAUUGCAAUGAAAGGAAAAAGACUAUAUUUUCAACAAAGAAAAACAAAAAUCAACAUGAGAAAUUAUUUUUUGGAGGGAAUUUUUAUUCGCAGUUCGUAGUAAUUUGCUUAAUCCAAAACGAUUUAACUUUCCAGUUUUAUUUAUUUGAAGAAAAGCUUCCAAGCUUAUUUAUGUGCUGUUUUUUUUUUUUUUUUUGUAGCCUGUGAGUCGGCUUUAAAAGAAUUCUUAUUUUUAUGCCCGUUAUAUUUUUUUCCCCAACUGAUCCAAUGUAUCCUUUUGAUUUAAGACUAUGUCUUCAUCUAAGUGUGAGUCCCUAUCUAAAGCUGUGGGGAGAUGCUAAGAACCAGGAAGGCUUUGCCUUUGGACCGAAAAUCUAACAUAUAAACUGGAUUCCCAAAAAGUUGAAAUGCUACAAAUUGAACUGAAUGCAAUGAAGAAGUCAAAUUUCAAUCAUUUAUUCAGAAUAAAACAAAGAUGUCAGAGGUCAAAAGUUAAAACUGAGAUAUGUUGAUUCAAAAUUUCAUGGCGUCAAUAUCAUUUAUUCAGAAUAAAACACAGAUGUCAGAGGUCAAAAGUUAAAACUGAGAUAUGUUGAUUUAAAAUUCCAUGGUGUCAAUAAAUCUUUUAAGUUGGAAGGCAAACAUACAAGUAGGAAUGUUGUCCCAUUCUUGUCUAAUACAGAUCUUACUGUUCAACCGUCUUGGGCCUUUCUCUUUAUGAUGCAUCAAAUGUUCUGUGUUCGGACUAGUCAGAGUAGAGAUAUGUGGAUGUCGCCCUCUAGUGGUGACCACCAUUACUAGGGUGUUAACAUACCUCAGUAGCAGCUCUGCCAGUCAAUGUAAAUAGUAAUGUUAGCUGCUGCUAGGGUUGCCAACUCCCUGAAAAUAAAAAUAAGGGACAUCAGAUUGGUAGAUCCGACUGGCCUGCUAAGUCACCUUUUGAUUAUAUAUAUAUAUAUUUUUUUUAUGUUUAAUUAUAAUUUUACUCAAACCUAAAUUAGUUGCAUAUUUGAGUGAUAUAAGCACAUCAAAAAACGAUAAUUAUUUGCCAAUAUGUUUUUAGUACUUUUUAAAAUGUGGAAACAUAAAUUCCGUUCAUUGCGUUCAAAGUUCCCUCAGCAAUAAAAGGACAGGGCGCGUCCCUUGUAAGCUUAAUACGAGACGCGUACUUUUGUUUCUGGAUAUGGAAACAUCCAGUAUUUCAAUAGACGGCUGGCAACUCUGGCAUCUGCUGGCUGUGUGUGCUGCGGGUGGCACACCACAACAAUGGUGGAUGGGGUACUUCUGGUCAUUUUGCUCGGAUUAGUCUAUAAGUGAAGAAUCUACACCUCAAGCUGGCCAUUCCAAUACCUGGAUCCUUUUACUAUGCUGCCAUGAUGCUUUAAUUAAUGCUGCAUGUGGUCUGGCAUGUUGAAAAAAAUUGUGCCUUUCAAGAUGCGCAAACUCCCCUUGCCACACGCACUCAUGCAACUCAUUACCAUCACAGAUGCAGAUGUAUAAACUGAGCGCUGAUAACAACUUGGGUUGUCCUUGCCCUUAAUUGUGAUUAGGGCUGCAGCUAUGGAAAUAUUUUAGUAGUCGAUUAAUCGAUGGACUAGUUAGUUCGAAUAAUCGAGUAAUCGGAUAAGGAACAUGAAAAAUUAAAAUACCUGAGCUGAGCCUCAAAUGGUAUAUAUAUAUAUAUAUACAUUUUUAAAAUGAAGAUCUAUAUAAAACAAAACAAUUGGCUAACUUAAAUUUAAAAAGUCGCUAGCUUAAAUUCUAUAAAAUGCUAAAGUUUUUUUUUCAAUGCUCUUAAAUGGUUGACACAAUUUCCCACAAAAAAUGGCUAAAUAUACCUAUAAACUAAAUUAUGAAUGCAUUAAAAAACAUUAGCUCAAACAAAAACUUAGCUUACGUUGGUCUUAACAGGGAUCAGUUGGAUUCAGCCAUGUAAAAAGAGGCAGACCAGAGGGCAGUACCCACCCUAAUCAAUAAAACUAAAUGCAAACACUAUCAAAAUAAACCAUUACAAUGCCACUUUAAUUAAACAAAUACUCGAAGCAACAAAAUUUAAUUCGAAAUCGAAUAUCUUUUUCCUAAUCAAAUACUCGAGUUAAUCGAUUAAUCGUUGCAGCACUAAUUGUGAUUCUUUUGACCAUAGAAGUUUUCCAUUUUGCCAUACUCCACUUUAAAUGACCCUUACACGCAGAGAUUGUUCCAGAUUAUAUGAAUCUUUGGACAAUGUUAUGCACUGGAGAGUGUGAUUAUUUAAACUUUGAAAUUUGUCACUAGGAAACAUUUCUGACAUUGCUCUUUCUGAGCAGCAUUGGGGGAAUGGGAGACCAAUUCGUGGUUUUCAAGCUGUUUAUAUUCAAUUGACUAUUCCAGCCUCUUAUUGCUACCUGACCUAACUUUUAAAA